UGGUGGAUCAUAGUGAUAUUGCUCGAUAUUAUGCAAAUUUUGAUGAAGAUUUUUUCCAUCAUUGUGAAAAAGAACUUAGAAAAAUCAACACCUUUUUCUCAGAAAAAAUUGCUGAGGCUACACGUAAAUCAGGUAAUUUGAAAAGUGAACUCCAUAAUGCAGUGUCAAGCAAUGAAAGAGUUAGAGGUGGAAGUGGUAAAAAGUUUGCUGUACAGAAGGCUUUUAAAUAGACAAGUGAAAAGGAAUGUGCAAUACCGUAAAAUUCAUGAAUUAAGGCUAGCUUUUAGUGAAUUUUAUCUUAGUUUAAUUUUGCUGCAGAAUUAUCAAAACUUGAAUUUUACUGGAUUUCGAAAAAUUUUGAAAAAGCAUGACAAGUUAUUAGGAACUGAUGCUGGUGCUAAAUGGCGUCAGCAGUGGGUUGAAGUAGCUCCUUUCUAUGUCAAUAAAGAUAUUGACAAAUUAAUCCAUGACACAGAAAAUAUUGUCACAAGGCAUUUAGAAAGUGGAGAUCGUCAAAAAGCAAUGAAAAGACUGAGGGUUCCACCUUUAAAUGAUCAGCAAUCUCCCUGGGUGACUUUUAAAGUUGGACUUUUUUCCGGUGCCUUUGUCGUCCUUGUAUGUGCAGUUAUAAUAUCAGCUGUGUUUGCUGAUGCUUCUGUUAAUUGGCGAAUUGCUGUGCGUCUGUAUAGAGGUAGCUUAUUGAUUAUUCUGUUUUUGUUCCUUAUUGGAAUAAAUGUGUAUGGCUGGCGAACAUCUGGUGUUAAUCAUGUGUUAAUAUUUGAGUUGGAUCCAAGAAAUCAUCUCUCUGAGCAGCAUUUAAUGGAGAUUGCUGCCAUUUCAAGUGUGAUGUGGGCAUUAAGUGUUCUUGCGUUCCUUUUUAGCGAUGCAUUAUCAAUUCCUGCAUAUGCUAAUCCCUUAAUGUUAGUUGCUAUUCUUCUUGCAUUCCUAUUCAAUCCAACCAGAACUUUGAGACAUCAUGCAAGAUUUUGGUUACUGAGAGUUUUGGGUCGAAUAAUUGCAGCUCCUUUUUUCCAUGUUGGCUUUGCUGACUUUUGGCUAGCUGACCAGCUGAAUAGUCUAGUACCUGUAUUGGUUGAUUUUCAGUAUUUUGUGUGUUUUUAUGCAACUGAUCUUGACUGGCAUGUUAAUACAGAUUCUAAUAAGUGCGUGGAUGAUAUUGGUUUAAUAUCAAGACCAAUUGUAGCUUGUCUUCCUGCAUGGUUUCGCUUUGCACAAUGUCUUCGCCGAUACCGUGACACACAUGAAGCUUUCCCACAUUUAGUAAAUGCUGGAAAAUAUUCUACAACGUUUUUCAAUGUGGCAUUUUCAUCGCUUUAUGUAUACUCAAAAGAUUCUUAUGGCUACACAUGGCAAAAUCCUUUCUUCUAUCUGUGGAUUGUAUUUGGGUUUAUCAGUUCAAUUUAUACUUAUAUCUGGGACAUUAAAAUGGAUUGGGGAUUGUUUGAUGCAAAUACUGGUGAAAAUCCAUUUCUAAGAGAAGAAAUUGUUUAUUCGUCUCCGAAUUUUUACUACUUUGCCAUAGUAGAAGAUCUCAUCCUAAGGUUUGGUUGGACUCUUUCUGUUUCUCUUACUGAGAUGGGUCUUAUUCAUGCUGAUAUUAUGUCUUCUGUUCUGGCACCUCUUGAAGUUAUCAGGCGAUUUGUUUGGAAUUUUUUCCGUCUAGAAAAUGAGCACCUAAACAACUGUGGUAAGUUUCGAGCUGUGAGAGAUAUUUCUGUUGCACCUUUGGAUUCUAGUGAUCAGAACCUUUUAAUAUGCAUGAUGGAUGAACCUGAUGGAGUUAUCAAUAGAAGAAAGAAAGAAAGAAAGUACCCAAAUAGGAGGAAAAAGUCAGAUACUAGAAUUCUUGUGGAUGAUAAUGAAACAGAUGAUCCUGACAUAUAAAGUUUGCAUAUGUAAACUUUAUUAUUUUUUCAUUAUGGAUUGUGGAACUGCUGUAUGAUUUGAUUUAUUUUCGUAAGGUAGCAAACAUAAUUUCUCAGUUUGAGCAUUGAUGUAUAGAUUGAAGGAAACCAUUUCUUAAGAAUCAUUAUCCCCUU